ACAGUCAUCAACAUUAUUCACUUUGUGUAUGGCGUUUAAAUUCUUCAAGGUGUCAAUGGAGCACAUGCUAUAGGCAAUACAAUAAGUCGGAGGAAGCGAUGUGGCGGGACGGGACUCGCUCACUCACGUCUUCAGUCGUUUUGCGGCAGUUGCCGUUCAACCUCGCGUUUUACACGACGGUGAAGUCGCUGUCGCAAUAGAUGGCCCUGCGCGUUGGAGCAGCAGGAGGAUUCGGACACCUCCAAGAUGACGUGGCUGGUUCCACUUGGAGGGAUCCCACUGCGAAGAGACGAGUUGAGGCAAAUCUUCAACGUCUACCACGAGGAAGUGAGUGACUCCUGAGGGUAUUAAGGAAGUGUGGUUUGAAUAUCAAGAAGAUUAGCUGCAGAAUAGAGUCGCGGCACUACCGGCUUCCUGUCCACCUUUUUCCCAUUGGAGCUUCGUGCAAGCACCGCGCGACCAUAUCUCGAGGAAAAAAAAAAUGGUUGUAAAAGUGAAAGACAGGGGCGCGCCACGUGGUAGUUCCCUAAACAACUUAUUGUGUCGUCAUGGAUUGUGUAAAUGCCUCGACGAAGAUAGUUAUAGUUGCUUGACGAAAACGACAACAACAGCAAAGAAAAACUCAGCAUGAUCACCGAGAACAGCCGAGCAGACUCAGCGAUGAGCGAGUUCGCCGAGAAGGACAAGUGGGUCUGUCCCAACGACCGGGAGCUGGCAUUGCGGGCAAAGCUGCAGACUGGCUGGUCGGUGAAGACGGGCGCCCUGAGCAGCUUCUCGCGCCAGGAGCAGCUCAACGACAGCGAGCAGGAGCUCAUCGUCGACGUCAUCAAGAGGGCCGACAUGCUCGAGCAGCUCGAACAGCGACGGGUCGGGCGCCUGGUUGACCGGCUGGAGAACAUGAAGCGCAACGCCCUGGGCAACGGCACGAGUCAGUGCGUGCUCUGCGCCAACGAGUUCGGGCUGCUCAGCGGCUCUCCGCUCAUGUGCUACGACUGCAGAAAGGCUGUGUGCAGCAAGUGCAGCGUGGACACUUACGGUGCCCAGAAGGAACAAAUAUGGCUAUGCAAAAUUUGCUCAGAGACCCGAGAGAUGUGGAAAAAGUCCGGCGCAUGGUUCUACCGGGGCCUGCCCAACUACAUCGCGCCGGAGAAGACUGAAACGAGCUGUCGGUACGGGCCCGUGAGGAGCAACCACAACGGCACCGAGGCCACCUCGGCGGCGCUCGCGGGUCGAGGCUGGCACAGGGGUGCUCAGAACGAGAAAGACCUUAGCGACAGCUCCGAAGACGAGUCGAAGGCAGUGCGUGUCAACAGGAGGGUCAUCUCCAGGAAGGCUCUCUACGACUCCACGGACAGCGACUCGUCGGCGAGUCCACGGAUGGGCAGCGGGUUCCCGAUCUCGCCGGACCAGAGCUCGGAGCGCCUCAAGCCGGACGGCCCUGCUGACUCGGCUGGGACAGACCAUGCGUCCGACCUGUCACCGAGUCGCAACUCGCCGACGCCCAGCGUGCGCUCUCAUCACUCGGACAUGGCCCCAUGGAAGCAACGGCAACUGCAGAGGGAGAAGGAGGCCGCUGCGGCCGCCGCGGCCGAAGACGAGGACAGCGAAGACGCGGCCAGUGCGCACCGAUUCUCGCCUUAUCUCGUCGAGGACCGCUCGGCCGACAGCCUGGGCAGCAUCGGCGGCACGGGCCGCUACGUGAGCGCCCACCCGCCGCGAUCAUCACGCCGCGAGCUGCUCGACGUGGAAGGCGACGACGCGAGCAGCAACGGCGGUCGCGCCGACUCAAGUAAGCCCAAGAGCAAGAGUUUCAUCCGCAGGCUCAGGCUCACCACCAGGUAGUAGCGACCGAACGUGUGUGCACAUACACGAAGUGACUUUCUCGGCUCUCCCACCACACGCUAUGACAGCAGCGACUGUAAGGCACUGUUGUGAAUCAAGUGCAAUGUUGAGUGUGUUUGCAAAGGUGGGUUCAUGUUGAACAACGGGUUCUGUCGGCGCGACGCAAGAGGCCUUGACUGUGGAGUAACUCGUGGCGCGCGGGCAGUCAUAACUAUAUAAUUAGUGCACUGGUCAACCUUCUUUCCCAUGUGGAUUUUUGAAGAUAACGUCUUCUUAUCUAACUUCAGAAGGGUUUGGCGUAUUUGGGAUUUGGGUAUCUUGUAACUACUUCCAGAAAACGGCCCUUUUGCGCCUCCAGAGCGUAGUGUCGAGUCGCAAGCGUUAUCAAAAUGGAGGUCUCAACAAGAGAAGAAACAAGAAUUAGUCGCAUAAUAGGUAAAAUUAACGUUACGUGCGUAAUACGCGCCAAUAUGGUCGGAAAUUAACCAUAUUCCACUAUAACCCUGUAAAGGGUGCACCGCCGUAGAUAUAUGCAUGUUGGGGCAAAGCUGCCGCACGGCCCGCCUUUGAGAUCAAAAUGGAGCGAGUUCGCUUGGAAUAAGCAGGGCUCGAGCGAGGAAGUGGUGUCUGGAAGCCCGCUUCGGCGGUGGCCAGAGGAAGCGAGAAUUAGUCGCAGUGUAGGUAAAAUCAGCGGUACGGGCGUAAUUAGCGCCAAUAUAGUCGUAAAAUAACCACAUUGCACCAUAGACUGCGCUAUUUCCGGCAUCAGGCUGCCUGUCCCCUUGGUAAAAAAAAAAAAAAAAAGUCAACCAAGUGUUGACGCUAAAGAAGACAAGGUCGACGCUUGAUUACGUGGCAUGUUUAUUUUGCUCUUUGGAAACGAUCAUCCCUUGGUAUUACUCAUGUGGAUGAAAGGGAAAGGAUGUUGGUUGUAAGGAUUAGUGAGCUAAGUCCCUCAUACGUACAUACAGAAGAACGCUUUCGAAAAAUGUUUCUUGAGAGACAAGGUCGACGUGAUUGCGCGUAAAAUAUGAUUCGAAUAAGAUACAAAAUGAGUGAAUAAUGAACAUGAAAAAUAGAUAGAAUAGAAGAUAUAGUCAACAUUUAAUCAUCGAAUCAUUUGAACCACCAUGUACGUCGACCUUGUCUUCUUUGGCGUCGGCACUUGGUUGAACCUUUCUUUGGCUGUAUCGGUUGAAGCAGAAAGAUGACACACCGCGCUUGGUUUUUACAGCUAUAGCUCUGUCACGAUUCGUUAAACAGGCGCAGGGAGGCGCAGGGUUUAGGAAACACAGUGGCCGUGGGAACAUUCUUCUCAACCAGGAUGCUGGUCAUGUGUUUGAGAUGGGCACAAAUGCGAAGAAUGCAUCGUUGACUGCGAAGAGAUUCAGUUAUUAUCGCGUCACCCCGUUUCAGUAAUCUUUCGCCCCCGUUAGUGUAUAGGGAGUUCUGAAUGUACGCAAACAAUGUGCCAUGCAAAUUGCCCAUCCCGGACGGGUAAAAAAAUGUAGAGACAUAUGCAUGUGACGGAGCAGAAUGAACAACGCGCGUACAGACAGGGCUUCACAGCGGUGUCGACUGGCCUCCGUAGGUGUUGGCAAGUAUAGGUUUUUGAAAGAGAGAGAGAAAAAAAGAUGUCUCUCUCUAUCUUUGCUUCUUGUUGCCAAACUUAGUACGUUAUCGCUUAUGGUAAAGAGAAGAAGCAGAAUCGCGCCGGUGGUAUUUGCCUUGGCUGCAGUUAGGGCUGCCCGCGCAUACGGGAAGUAAAAAAAGCGCUUGGAGCUCGAUUCUGAGAGCGUAACUUCAGCUCACAGUCUUUGUUAUUAUCGAAAAAGAAAACCACAAAGAAACACAACUGCAAGAAGUGACACUUACUGUAGACUUGAAGAAUUAUGCCUCAGUUGACCUCCUUGCUCAUUGCCAGCAGCGACUGCGUUUCUGUAGGUUAGCCUAGUACCUUCACGUAGCCAAACAGGCGGAUACUUUGCAGGCUACGUCAUUUCUUCGAAGCACCAGUGUCACGUGGCUUCCAGUGUUGUACAUGACAUAGAGUGUCUGCGAUGACUUCGACAAUUAAAAAGAAAUCAAGAGCAGAAACAGCGCUGGCCUUAGGAACCCCCCGAUGCAAACUUUAAACAUCGAUACUUCUUUGCUUUUUGUGCGGCGACUUGUGAACUCGUGGCUGACACUUUCGAAAACUUUUCAUGGCCGUCAGGAUAUAUUCGCACACUAUAUCAUAGUUCACUGGGCAGGCUUUACCGACGUGUUCUACUCGUUUCAUGUCAGGAUGUUCGGACGCACUCCUGGAAAGAGGCAUAUGCAGGGGCCUUGUGCUUGUGUCACAUAUGACGAACGUGUUUGUCGCCGUGACGUAUGCAAAAUUUGUCGUCGUUGUUUGACGUGUAAAAUCACUGCGGUUGUAGUAGUGACCUCAUAACAUGACGCACUGAAUUGUACUCGCAUACUUUUGUUCGCUUGUUAGGAAGUGAUCGUAAUCUAGUUGUGAGCGUGCUGUAGUAUCGCAAAGUAGUGAACACUAUGUUUUCUGAAGAGAGCAACUUCACUUUUCAACACCAAGGCACAGGACCUGCGGAAAUGCCUAUGAAGAAAGGUGUCACUCUAAAGGAUGGUUUAUUAUGACUCGCAUGACUGCUUCUUGUCGCGUUGUCUAUUUCUGUGAUUGUAUGGGCAUGUGAGAAGCAUAUUGCACAGUCAUCGUACCGGCGUCACGUGAUUUUUUUCUGAAGUUUUCUCGACGAAAUACCGAGCAGUUUUGAUGUCCACUUUGUACGCAUGCUGAACUUGGUGAUAUUGCUUUUUAGGUAGAGUGAAGGAGCGUGUUGAGGACAUUUGAAAGUUACGCUUCAGGUGUUUAUGUCAGUGUAUUAAUCGUGAAAGAAAUUUAGCCUCCCGAAGCUCCAGGACGCUUAGAGAAGUGCUGGUAAAUUGGUAGUUAAUGGAACUAGAAGUCUCGGUUCUUGCACGUAAGAAAAAACAACAUCACACUUCGUAAGUAUACGAAGCUUUGGAAACGAUUGAUAUAUUUUAAUUUGAUACUACAUUUGGUCUCGAAAUGCCGCACCUCGCGUCAUCGAGGUUAUUGUAACACCAUGAUAAAGAAGAAAAUUUGCUGACCUCAUGUAGACAUAAGGCUAGUCAUGAUGGCGUUGCAGAUAACUAUAAUUAAAGGUGUUGCCCGCGUUUCUUCUGGCUGCGCUUGCAGCAACGGUGUAUCAUGAUCUCAGUUUCUCACGACGUCACGAAGCUGACUCGCAGACAGAAAUGUUGUAGUGAUUUAUAUCGAUCGGACGCACGCCAGUGUUUCGUCUAGGGCUUAAAGGGUUCGAGUCUUGAUCUAACGCAAAAAAAAAAAUGACACGCCGAAAAUUAAGUACUCUCUGAGUCUUGAAAUUGAGCGUUAAAGACGUGCAACGGUACGAUGGACUCUGGCGCAAAAUGCUUCGCCGUGCGUAUCGUUUGCUAUGGACUCGUGGAAAGCUGUUUUUAUGGCCCUGCAGGCAUGACGUGUUGCCGAGCUUCUUGUAUUUUGCUUUCGUUCGAUGCCUGUUGCACGUUUACGAUGCAUAAAAGAGCUCUGCUGUGCCUCGUUAUUUUGCCGGGUUAUGCGGGCUGCUUGUUGCUUUGAUGAGAUUGCUGCCUACUUGAAGCUUUGCAUGGUCUUACUCACUUGUUCAGUGACGAUCCGAGAGUUGUGCAUUUGUAUUGUCUUUUUUUUUCUUCUGUUGACUCCGCGUCGAUCGUUACAAGCAACGAAGAGAAAUUUUGUGAUGACUCUAGAAACAUUUUUGUUACAAAGCAAACUGAAAGUUGCCCCUAACUUAAAUUGUCAUUGAGGUUUCUUUUAAUGUAAUGUUGUAUUCAGUAGCGUGUACUGUGAGGUUUUUACUUUGUUUUCUAGCGACUACAAUGUCAUGCUUGAGUCAAAUUUUGAGUGCUGUGCAAGCCUGGGGAACAACAAAGCGGCGUACAAAUAUAUACGCUGAUACCGUAUGCUUUUUGUACUCCUUCAUCAGGCGACAAAGAAAGCUUGAGAAGAAGUCCCCGAAAUAAAAGAAAAAGACUGGUA